UUAUAAAUUACUCUGUAGAACAUCAUGGUUUAUCAAUUUUUUACCAAUGGUAAUUAAUUUCACUGACGGCAGAAUUACUGCUGCGGUACUUUUGUAAAGAAUGUAUACUACAUGAAAAACUCGAAAAUGUAUCGAUAUCUAAAGUGCGUAAUUACUUAUAUGUUUUUAAAUAUUCAGCUAUCUUUGGUUCAAACGCUUUCACGAAUACCUUAUCAAACGCUUUCAAAAAUACCUUAUCAAACGCUUUCAAAAAUACCUAAUCAAACGCCCGUUUACGAAAUAUGUGAAAGUUCUGUAUACUGUCAAGGUGAACUAUUAGAUUCGGUCCUGUUGUCAAACAUCUAUUCAAAAUCUACAGAAUUUGUGGAUAUGCAAAUGAAACGAAACGAUUCGUUUCUACUUAGUGAUUUUUAUAGACUAAAAACAAUGUACGAAUUUGAAAAUUCCAUUCCACUAUUUUUACUACAGAAGUUUCUUAGAACAAAUUUUAAACACGUACAACUUGAAAAUUGGGAACCACCUGAUUUCAAGUACUACCAGCCUAUUUUCGAAUAUUUGAAAGAUAAUUCAUACAAGGAAUUCUUGUCGGGAGUAAACCUGAUAUGGAAAAAUUUGGCGAAAAAAGUAUCAAGAGACGUUCUAGAUUCUCCACAUCAUCACUCUUUGAUGUAUGUGCCGAACGGAUUUUUUGUAAACAUGGAAACCCAAAACGACUUCGGUUAUUGGGAUACAUAUUGGAUGAUAAAAGGAGCGUUAAUUUGUGGAAUGGAACAAACCGUUAAAGGAAUUUUAGAAAACUUAUUAUUUAUGGUAAAGGAACACGGAUAUGUAUUAUCCAGAAACAGAGUAUAUUAUAAAAGAAGAUCAGAACCUCCACUUCUUAUUCAAAUGAUGGCCAUUUAUCAAACGUACACCAAUGACACACAGUUUUUAAUUGAUAACGUCCAGGUAUUGGACCAAGAAAUGACGUUCUGGUUAACGCAAAGAUCAAUUAAUGUGACAAGUAUUGGUAAUAUGUAUUCCAUGACACAUUAUUCAUACGAUACUUUUAAUCCUCGACCUGAAUCUUAUGCUGAUGAUGUAAACAUAUCAAAACAGCUGAAAAAAAAAGAAGAUCAAGAUAAAUAUAUUUCUAGAGUAAAAGCGGCUUUCGAAUCCGGCUGGGGGUUUUCGAGCAAGCAUUUCCACGAUCGCACUCCUUAUGAUGAUUUAAAUAAGACAAUGCUGAAAACAAAUCCUUUGGAUUUUACAUACGUUGAAUUGAAUUCUAUAAUGCAAUCAAAUGCAAAUGUGCUCUCAAAAAUGUAUCUCUUUAUCAAUGAUACUAUAAAAUCGGAAUUUUAUAAACAGAUUGCACAUCGGUUUCAAAUUGGGAUAAAUGCAUUGUUAUGGAAUGAAGAAGAAAAAAUGUGGUUGGAUUUCGAUAAUUUGUCAGGAAAAAGUCGAAACUAUUUUUAUGCGUCUAAUUUAGCACCUUUGUGGACAGGAAGUUACGACGAAAAAUUAAGUAAAUUCUACGGUGAUGCUGCCGUGGACUAUUUAAUAAGAAAUCAAAUUAUAAACGACGACUUGGUACCACGUUAUAUAUGCAUACCGACAUCUUUGUAUGACUCAAAUUUAGAAUGGGACUAUUACAAUUGUUGGCCACAAUUACAAUCGAUGGUAAUUUUCGGUCUACAAUCAACGAAAAGUGAAAGAGCUAAAAAAGUAGCAUUUAAUUUUGCUAAUAUGUGGGUGUAUACAAACUACGUUGGAUAUAUGCAGACCAGAACUCUGUUCCAAAAGUACAGUGCGAUUAAAUUGGGCGAUGAUGGCAAUACAACAUCGUCUGAAAAUCGUCCUAAAGGAUAUGGAGUGACAGUUGGAUUAUUAUUCGAAAUAUUUCACAAAUGGGGCCAUUUACUGAUGACUAAAAAUGAUGAAAAAAAAUCGAAAUUGUGAAAAACCUAUUAAUUCGUUUACAUAUUAUUUGUACUUAUUAUGUAUACACUUCAAUAAAUCAAAAAUUUAUAGGAUCCUAA